AUGUCGACUCUUGACAUGUGCACCGUGAUCAAUGCCGACGACCAAAAAGUUCCCGAGAGUGUUGUUCCUAGCUUGCCCGUCAUUGCAGGAGCCAUUGACGCAUUGACCCCGCGAGUUCGACAAGGCGGGCGGGUGAUUUAUGUCGGUGCUGGCACCAGUGGAAGGCUUGGAAUCUUGGAUGCAUCAGAAAUUCCCCCGACCUUCGCUGCCCCACGCGGGCAGUUCGUCGGUCUGAUUGCUGGUGGAGAUGCCGCAAUCCGAGAGGCUCAGGAGGGAGCCGAGGAUGAUGAAAAAGCCGGCGAGGAUGAGAUGAAAUCUCUCAAUCUGAACCCAGAGCUUGAUAGUAUCAUUGGAAUUGCAAGCUCGGGCCGCACACCUUAUGUGCUUGGUUGUCUUGCUUUCGCUAAACGUCUCGGCUGUGUGACCAUCGCGGUCGUUUGUACAGUUCCUUCGGCGAUUAGCCUUUCAGGAAAUGUGGACUUUGUCAUCUCACCUGUGUCUGGGCCUGAAGUUGUCACUGGUAGCACCCGUCUCAAGGCCGGUACCGUCACAAAACUAGUGUUGAAUAUGCUAAGUACCGGUACUAUGAUUCGCACAGGAAAGACUUACGGAAACAUGAUGGUGGAUCUCGUCGCCUCAAAUUUAAAAUUAGUGCAAAGAUCCCGUAAUAUUCUGCGGAGGUUGAGUGGAAAGUGCCAAUCCUCGUCCAACACUGAAUUGGACGCCCUGCUCGCAAGAUGCAAUGCCAGUGUCAAGCUGGCUAUCCUAGUUGCAGAGACCGGGGAGUCGGUCGAGACUUGUCAGGGAUACUUUGACGCUGCGGGUGGGGUGUUGGCCAACGCCCUAGCUGCGGUUUCUAAACCCAUCGAACAGAAGCCCACAAGUACGCCCACUCAAAAGUUUGUAUUGUGUAUUGAUGGCGGCGGUACCAAGUGCGCUGCUGUUGUAGCUGAUGGCAUCAACGUCGUGGGCCAGGGCUUUGCAGGUCCAUGCAAUUUAACUGACAGCAUUGGAAACAUAGACGGAGUCAUUGCCACGUUACUUGACGCUACAAAAGCUGCUCUGAAAGAUGCCCUACCAAGCGACGUGGAACAAACAGAGUCUUCGUGGAAGGAACGUCUUCAAGCCUCCUUUAGCUCUGUCUGGGUCGGACUAGCUGGUAUUGACCGAGCUGGGCUGGAGGGAGUGUUAGCACCCAAGCUGCGACAAGCUUUCGGAAUCACUCAAGAGAAGGACCUGCAAUUGACAAACGACGUAGAUCUUUUGACUGCAGGUGUUCCACAAUCCCUCGGUACACCCUCCGUCCUGGUGGUGAUUGCAGGCACAGGUAGUGUUGCUAUGAGAUACAAAUGGGCCGAGGAUCAACAAAGAUACACUCGUUCUGCCCGUUCUGGAGGCUGGGGUCACAUGCUCGGUGACCAGGGUGGUGGCUACACAAUUGGUCUGAAAGCCAUCCAACACACACUGGGAGUCUUCGAGGAUAUCACAUUGGGGCUUGAUAAGACUGGAGGCGAUGAAUUUUCCAAGGCGGUUGCGGAGAAACUGGGGUGUCAAGUCUCCGAAAGUACCAGUAUCGACAUGUUGAACAAUAUUCUGGGCCAGACCCACUCUCAAGGUGUGAAGGCACGCAUUGCUAGCAUUGCGCCGGUUGUUCUCAACUUUAUGAAUAAAAGUGAGACCGCAACAGAUAUUGUGAGCUCUCAGGUAGCUUUGCUUGUUGGCGAGGCUCUUGGUCGCUUGGUGAAGCCGCAAGCCACUGGCUAUCAGCCACCUGAGGCCUCUGUGUUGGUGCUGGCAGGAGGAUUGAUGAAGAACGAGAGGUACAGGGCCACAUUUGAGAAGCAGCUGGACACACACAGAUUGUAUUUCAGAGGGACUGUAGUCGUUGAAGACGUAGCCCGCUCAGGGGCCACAUACUUGUGUCGUUAA